AAAGGGAGGGUGACAGAAGGGAGAGGGGGGAGGGAGAGAAAGAGAGCAAUCAUUCGCUUUAAGUAUUAGAGCAUCCUCUGCCACCCUUGCGAGGAGGCUACUUCGAUCUCUUAUUCUCCUUGUUUUUCGCCAUCUUCGACUUGUUUCUCAGAGAUUGCUGAAGCAACAAGGUUCCUUUGUUGAUUUCCUUUCCAAAGUUUGGUACCCAGGAUUGCACAAUGUCCGGCACUACCAAAAAUCUCGAUCCCGCCUUCCAGGGAGUUGGGCAGAGAGUAGGGACGGAAAUAUGGCGGAUUGAAAACUUUCAGCCAGUUCCUUUGGCUAAAUCUGAUUAUGGUAAAUUUUAUUCUGGAGAUUCCUACAUUGUUUUACAGACAACUGCUGGAAAAGGUGGUGCUUACCUAUAUGACAUCCACUUUUGGCUUGGAAAGGACACUAGCCAAGAUGAAGCUGGAACUGCAGCAAUCAAGACAGUUGAAUUAGAUGCAGUCCUUGGAGGCCGUGCAGUUCAGCAUAGGGAACUUCAAGGUCAUGAAUCUGACAAGUUUCUAUCAUACUUUAAACCAUGCAUUAUUCCAUUGGAGGGUGGUGUUGCUUCUGGAUUCAAAGCACCUGAAGAAGAAAAGUUUGAAACAAGGCUGUAUGUUUGUAGAGGAAAACGAGUUGUUAGAUUGAAGCAGGUUCCCUUUGCUCGCUCAUCACUGAAUCAUGAUGAUGUGUUUAUCUUGGAUACUGAAAAUAAAAUAUACCAAUUUAAUGGUGCUAACUCCAAUAUCCAAGAAAGAGCAAAAUCUUUGGAGGUAAUACAGUUUUUGAAGGACAAGUACCAUGAAGGGAUGUGUGAAGUUGCUAUUAUCGAUGAUGGGAAGCUUGUAGCAGAGUCUGACUCUGGUGAAUUUUGGGUCCUAUUUGGAGGUUUUGCACCAAUAGGUAAAAAGGCGGUUGGAGAAGAUGAUAUCACUCUUGAAGUAACUCCUGGCCAACUUUAUAGUAUUAAUGAUGGCCAAUUAAAGUUGGAAGAAAGCAUUAUCUCUAAAGCAAUGCUUGAAAACAAUAAAUGUUACUUGCUGGACUGUGGUGCUGAGUUAUUUGUUUGGGUUGGACGGGUAACACAAGUGGAGGACAGAAAAGCCGCUAGUAAAGCUGCUGAGGAGUUUAUUAUUAGUCAGAAUAGGCCAAAGACAACACGCAUAACUCAAGUCAUCCAAGGUUUUGAGACACGUUCAUUCAAGUCCAACUUUGAAUCAUGGCCUGCCGGUACAGGUUCAGGCACAUCUUCUGGAGAGGACGGACGAGGGAAAGUGGCAGCUCUGCUAAAGCAACAGGGAGUUGAUGUGAAAGGAGCGGCAAAAGGCUCUCCUGUGAAUGAAGACAUCCCUCCUUUGCUUGAAGGAAAUGGGAAAACCGAGGUAUGGCGCAUUAACGGUAGUGCCAAGACUCCACUCCCCAAGGAAGAGGCUGGAAAAUUUUACAGUGGGGAUUGCUAUAUUGUUCUUUACACAUAUCAUUCUGGUGAGAAGAAGGAGGAAUACUUCUUGUCCUGUUGGCUGGGCAAGGAUAGUAUUCAGGAUGACCAAAUGAUGGCUAUCCGAUUGGCCAACACGAUGUGCAAUUCAUUGAAAGGAAGACCUGUUCUGGGGCGCAUUCUUCAAGGGAAAGAGCCACCACAAUUUAUUGCAAUAUUUCAACCCAUGAUUGUUUUGAAGGGAGGAAUCAGUUCUGGUUACAAAAAGUUCAUAGCUGAAAAGAAUCUGAAUGAUGAAACUUACACUUCUGAUGGCAUUGCUCUGAUACAAAUAUCUGGGACAUCAAUUCAUAACAACAAAGCAGUGCAAGUUGAUCCAGUGGCAACAUCCCUUAGCUCCACUGACUGUUUCCUGUUGCAAUCUGGCAAUUCACUGUUCACUUGGCAUGGGAAUUCCAGUACAUUUGAACAGCAACAGUGGGCUGCAAAGGUGGCGGAAUUCUUGAAGCCUGGGGCUACCCUGAAGCAUGCUAAGGAGGGAACCGAGAGCUCAGCUUUCUGGUUUGCUCUUGGUGGGAAGCAAAGUUUUACCAGCAAAAAGGUUCCACAAGAUAUGGUCAGAGAUCCUCACCUCUAUACUUUCUUAAUCAAUAAAGGAAAAUUGGAGGUUACAGAAGUUUUCAACUUCUCACAAGAUGAUUUGUUGACCGAGGAUUUAUUGAUCCUUGAUACCCAUGCAGAGGUCUUUGUUUGGGUUGGCCAAUCUGUUGAUUCCAAGGAAAAACAGAAGGCUUUUGAAUUUGGCCAGAAAUACAUAGAUCUUGCAGUAGCCCUUGAAGGGUUAUCCCCAGAUGUUCCACUCUAUAGAGUUUUGGAAGGGAAUGAGCCUUGUUUUUUCACUACAUACUUCUCAUGGGAUGGCACAAAGUCAAUUGUUCAAGGAAAUUCUUUCCAAAAGAAGCUGGCAUUUCUAUUUGGCACUGCUGUACAUGCUGCAGAGUCUAGGGACAAGUCUAACAAUUCAAAUAAUGGAGGACCUACCCAAAGGGCAUCUGCAUUAGCUGCCUUAUCCUCAGCAUUUAAUCCUUCCGGCUCAGCCCAAUCCAGUGAAAAAUCUAAUUAUUCAAAUCAAGGGGGGCCGACUCAAAGGGCAUCAGCAUUAGCAGCGUUGUCUUCUGCAUUCAAUCCUUCUUCGGGUACCAAAGCAGCAGCCCCAAAGCCAUCUUGGUCAGGCCAAGGGUCCCAGAGAGCUGCUGCUGUUGCAGCACUGUCUGGUGUACUAACUGCUGAGCAAAAGAUGGGAACUUCUGAUGGUUCAGGUGCCCGGAUCAGCCGCACCAGUUCUGUUGAUACAAAUAUGGACGAAACUGUGAAGACUGAUGAUGCCAACUCGGAGGAAGCAGAUCCUUUAGAAAUUUCUUCAGCUGUGGAUGGAGGAGAAUCCAUAUCUGAGAGUAAUGGUGCAGAUUCUGAUGCAAAACAGGACAGUUUGGUAGAGGAGAAUGGAGAUGGAAAGACCUUUAGCUAUGAGAGGCUAAAAUCCAAAUCCAGCAAACCUGUCACUGGAAUUGAUUACAAACGCCGGGAGGCCUAUCUUUCAGAUGAGGAGUUCCAGACAGUGCUUCGAAUGACCAAGGAAGCAUUUUAUCAGCAGCCAAAGUGGAAGCAGGACAUGCAGAAAAGAAAGGCUGAUCUUUUCUGAGAUUGUGUUUGAUACAAGACUUUCUUUCCGCCAUUCCUUUUUCGGUGGACUUGUUGCUAUGCAUAAUUCUCUUUGAUGGGGUUGAAAUAUGAAGUAUGCUAUUAAAAUCAUCAGCUUGUUUUAUUGUGAUUUUCUCUCAGGUUGUUGGGGUGACAUUGCCUGGUUGUCUGUGAUUCUUUCAUUUUUAGGGGGAUUUUGUGUUUUAUUGGAUGCUCGUCUGUCUUGUGUGAUGAGUUGGGUUCAUUGGAAGGUCCAUAUGUUUGUAUUUUGGUUUGAUUCAUAUGGACAAUUUAGCUCUAGCGGAGAAUGAAAGGCUUGUUAUUUAUAGAUUUACGUUUAUGUAUAUGCAUGUGUAAUGUGUGAACCUCCAUUUGUAUUUUAAAUGUAUGAUGGACUGCUGGUGAUUAUUAUAAUGUUUUUUUUUUCUUUC